AUUCUAUUCAUCAAUGACCGUCUGUUACAGAGAAUUCUUGCGCUUGGUGAUAAGUCCGAGCCAUCCGAACCUAAGCCAAAGAUGACAAAGUCUCGCGUCAUCUUAGCACUGAGCCUACACGCAGGGGUAGAGAUGACGAUUAGUGCACAACACAUCAACAUCUACACAUUGUCCAUCACUCCAUUAAAUCCUUCCUAUCCUUGGGAUCAUCCUGACAUUUUGCAAAAAAAGCGUGGAAGGUCUAGGGUAGUCGAGAAGCGAUGACGUGUUGGCUGAAUGUCUAAAACCACGCUAUUUUAGAACGCGAUGCUGACGACGACCGACUAACGACUAUCGACUGCUUAGCGUAUCUUAAAUCCAGAUUAACGCAUCACAUCGAACAAACUUGUAGGGCCGGUAAGGCUGUACGAUGGAAGCUUCCUCAGGGCGAUUACCUGUCGAUCACGGCUUAGCCUCACAGACCAGAUCGUCUGGUUGUCUCCC